UUCCCACGACCAAAGCGCCCCCACAACUAGACCUGAAAGGCGAUUCUCCACACUGCCAUCUAGCGAAUGAUUGUCCACGAUGUUUCACCUUUCCGAUGUUGUGCUAAAAACAUUGGCGAUCUCAUGCCUGGCUAGUCACUACUCUCCCUACACUCCAAUGCUGGAGGCAAUAGCGGGGAACGACGACAGGCCAGGAUCGUCUAACAGCAGCGAUCUAAGCCCUCCUGUGAGAGCCAUCCAGUACAUGUGGAGGCCAAGUGUACCUACCAAAUGUGUUCAAACGACGACAGGCCACCGAUUCUUGUUGCUUAGUACUCUUCCUCUUCAGUCCGCUUCGUCAAUUCAUAAAGUGAGAUCGGUUUGCACUUGGGUAAGGCGCAGCCAAGUAGUAGCAGUUUAGCCAUCUCAUCAUUAUCAUUGGAGAGAAGCACUGAAAAGAGUUGAUCAACAAUCGAAACGGUGCUCCAACAAUAUGAUUGGAAACGAAAGACAUACACUAGAAUGAUUGAAUCUGAUCACCGAAUGAACGGAUGACGAUGCUACUUGGCCGGUGAAUUAAGAAUAGGAAUUGUGUCGUCAUCUCAAUCGCAUUCAUUCUGUGAGGAGAGCAUGACCAUGAUGGUUUGAGGAUGUUCAAAGACAGCCGCGUUUCGAGUCAACAAUAAGUGUUAGUUAGACUCUCCAACGGUUCAAUCCAUUCAUACUAGGACCAGUCAGAUCAGUGAUAAACAAUGGUGUUGGUGUCCUCCUAUUUGUCUCGAUUGUGGCGAAGAAAAACUGCAAUUUUGGGCGCUUUGGCAGGAGCGACAAUUUUGAUCAUUUGCUUGCAAGUCCGGGGACAGAAGAAGACGGAAAACUUGGACCAUCGAGAUGUUCAUUAUAAUAACAAAAUACUCCUAGCGGCCCGAAAAAAUGAGCCAGACCUCUCAUCACCAGAAUCUAAACGAGGCGUUCGAUUUAUUCCUGGUGUGCCUGGACAUGAUCAGCCGCAAAUCAAGAUUCCCGUCGAACAUAGGUCAAUUCAAGACGACGAAUUGGCCUAUUUGCAGAAGCGGAAUAAACAACUCUUUGAGUCGGAGGCCAAGGCCGCAAAAGCAAAAAUGAAUCAGGUGCGCGUCAAAACCAAAUUAGACCCCAAGAUGCAAGGACUUCAACCAUUCCAGGAGGACAACGUCGAAUAUGGACAAAGUGUUGGCCAAGUUCCUAUUUAUCGUGAACAAUUUGAAAGAGGUGGACACGGUCAAAUGAUUUCGAAAGAAGAGAUCAAACUCAAGGAAGCAUAUAUUCCUCGGCAACGUCUCAUUCAUUUUGAUUUGAAAGGAGCUCCACCAAAAAUGGAUUACCUCAUCAAGGUGCUAGAAUUGGCCAGAAAGCUCGGAGCAACAGGUGUGCUUAUCGAGUAUGAAGACAUGUUUCCCUUCGAAGGCCGACUUGAGGCCGUUCGAGCCAAAAACCAUUACACCCGAGGCCAGAUACAGGACCUCGUUGACGCGUGUGAGCGACUGGGUUUGGAGCUUAUUCCCUUAAUUCAGACAUUUGGUCAUUUGGAGUUCAUUCUCAAAUUGGAGCAGUUUGCCCACCUCCGAGAUUCCGCUGAAAUGCCAGAAUCCAUCUGUCCUUGUCAUCACGAGACCAUGUUCUUAAUCAAAGAGAGCAUCGAUCAGGUCAUGAACCUGCACAAAAAGCAUAUCAAUUACGUCCACAUCGGGUGUGACGAGGUCUACCAUCUAGGUGAGUGCGAGCCCUGUCAAUCGGGCAGUCGCAACUCAAUCUUCGUGAAUCAUGUCAGUGCUGUGGCCAAGUAUGUGCGGGAUAUCCACCACAAGCGAGUCAUCAUUUGGGACGAUAUGCUCAGGAAUUUCAUGCCCAUUGAAAUGGAACCUCUGGGAGGGCUGGUCGAACCCAUGGUCUGGGUAUAUGCCGAGGACGUGUAUCGGUUCAUGCCCACUUAUAAUUGGGAUCGCUUCGCUGAAAUCUUCCCCACAGCAUGGACGGCUAGUGCAUUUAAAGGCGCUCAUGGUCCCACCCUGAUGAUGCCGCCGAUUCAGAAACAUUUAGAAAAUACCUUGAACUGGUUAGAUGUGAUGCAGAGCGAGGAAUCCAAAUUUAAAGGCGGCUUUCAAGGAAUCGUCUUGACUGGUUGGCAACGUUAUGAUCAUUUUGCCAUUCUGGCCGAAUUAUUACCCGUGGGUCUGCCCUCUUUGGCUGUGGAUCUGCUCACCGUGAAGAACGGCUUCUUUAAUGCUACCGUCCAAUCCCAAUUAACCAAGUCAAUGGAAUGCGUGGGAACUCCUCGAGAUUUAGAUGAGCCUCUGGAUCUAACCUCGGAUCCGUAUUUGUCCGACAAAAUGUCUUGGUGCUAUUUUCCGGGCGCGUCCGUCUUCAAAUUAGCCUACACUGUGGAAAAUACGAGGAAAGAAGUGGAAGAAUUUCUGAAAAAAGUCCGUGAAGAUCAGGGCUGGAUGCGGGCAUACAGCAUUCGCCGCAACUAUACUUCACCGUUUCGUGUGAAUGAAGUCAUGCAGGAGUGGUCCAUGAACUACGAUUCUGUUGUGAGUUUGAUGCGAUCCGCCAAGCAGACGUUGAGCGAACUCUUCGAUAUCUACACUGUGGCUGAAUGGGUGGAACAACGUAUCUACCCCAUGUACCAGGAACUAAAACUGGUCAAGGAUCAGGCGGAAUCGUUGAAAUUUCGACGGGUUUGGCAACCACGCCCGUUGGAACCAUUAAAAGAGCUCGAGGAGUUUGGGAUUGGUCUUGAAGUUUCGAACAAGGCUAGGGAUGCGACCAAUUCUCUCCAUAAUGUAGAUGAUACUAUACCAAAUGAUAAUAGUGAUAAACUUGAAGCACCCCAGGGAAAUGCGAUCAAAAAGAGGCUAGUUCAAGCACCGGAUUACUACAGGCGUCCUCGACGGUGAUACGCUUUUGUCAUUCAAUUCUCAUAAUUCCUAUUGAAAGCAUAAUAGCUUAGUUCCAUUAUUAACUAACAUAACAAUCUUUCAUGUGAUAAGUCCCAUUCUAAAGGGGAGCAAUUACUCUAACAACUCAAUACUCAAAUGUUUACACUAUCGUCUCCCAUGUGCAAGUAAAAACGAGUAUUACUAACCCACUACCAAUUCCAACGAAACCCAUCCUCCGAGGUCUAUUUCACAUUUCCUAUGACAUUCAUACGGAAAAUGCGAUACAAUAAAGCUUGUUAUGCUCCCUCAAAAAGGGCUCAA